CGCACGGGCACGAGGCUCGCUCCCGAGAGAGGCUGGGGGCGGGGAGCCGGAGUCGUGGUGGCUGGAGGGACUUGGGCUGUGAGGUCGACGCCUGCCGCUUCAGCGGCCGAGAGCCCCGUCACGGCUCCGUCGCCGGAGAGACAGGGCCCCGCUGCCGUCGCCGCCCGGCGGGUGCCCGGAAGGAGCCCCUGGAAUCCCAGGGUCCUGGCCAGGGAGGAGGAGGAAGAGCUAAUAUCCACCUGCUGGUCUGGGCAUGGCCUGUGGGCAGCCCUCCACUGGGAUGCCUCUGCCCGAGCCCAGUGAACAGGAGGGUGAGAGCAUGCGGGCCGACCAGGAGACCACCCAAAAGCCCAGCACAGACAUUAUCCCUGCGGUCCCCAGGAUACCCAAGAAGUUUCCCAAGCUGGUCCUACUCGCAGCCGCCAGCCACAACAGGAGUGGGCUGGGCUCUGAGCCCAAAGGUGCGCACUGCGUAAUGUCCCUGGAGAUGUCUAGCCCCAACACCCUCACCAGGACCCUCCAGAUCCUGCCAGCCAAGGAGCAGGAAGCCGUCUUGCCAAGCCCCCAGGCACCUGAGCCGAAACGCAGCAGGCUGGAUGCAGCUGACACCCCCCUUGCCCCUGCAGCCCCCAAGCCCCUGGAGUUCCUGAGGACUCCGUUUGGGGGCCGCCUGCUGGUGCAUGAGUCCUUCCUGUACAAGCAGAAGGCUGUGGGGGACAAGGUGUACUGGAAGUGCCGGAAGCACACCGAGCUCAGCUGCCGGGGCUGUGCCAUCACCCAGGGCCCACGGGUGACUGUGAUGCAGGUCCACUGCCACCCGCCUGAUGAGGAGGGCCUGGAGGCACGGCGCCAAAGAGAGAAGCUGCCCAGCCCUGUCCUGCCAGAUGGCAUGGGGGGUUCCAGGGGCCAUACAGAGGAGCCACUGGAGGGGGUGGGCCCCUGGCUUUGUCCUGAAGAGCCGGCCCCUGGGCUGGGCAGGCCGGCCCCGGAGGAGGACGAGGGGCUUCAGGCCCUGUCGCUGCCGAGCUUGCCCCCUAAGAAGCGUCCGACACCAGAGACAGGCGAGGUGCAGCCUCUGGAGUUCCUGAGGACAUGCUACGGGGGCAGCUUCCUGGUGCACGAGUCCUUCCUUUACAAGCGGGAGAAGGUUGUGGGGGACAAAGUGUACUGGACUUGCCGGGAGCACGCGCUGCACGCCUGCCGCAGCCGGGCCAUCACCCAGGGCCCGCGGGUGACCGUCAUGCGGGGCCACAGCCACCCGCCCGAUGUGGAGGGUCUGGAAGCUCGACGGCAGCAGGAGAAGGCCAUGGAGUCACUACAGGUGCAGCCAAAUGGCCUCGGGGGCCCUGUGGACAAGUUGCUCCCAGGCGUGGACAGUCUCUUCUACCGCAGGGGGCCCGGCUCCCUGACGCUUACCAGGCCCAGGCCCAGGAAUCGCGCCAAGCCCAAAGAUCAAGGGCUCCGGGACCAGCCCCCAGCACUGCAGGGACCCCCAGCCGAGGACCAAGACUCAGACACCGGUGGCCCCGAGUUCCUGAGGACCCCCCUGGGAGGCAGCUUCCUGGUACAGGACUCAUUCCUGUACAGGCGGGAGAAGGCGGCCGGGGACAAGGUGUACUGGACAUGCCGCGACCAGGCCCGCAUGGGCUGCCGCAGCCGGGCCAUCACCCAGGGCUCACGGGUGACGGUGAUGCGGGGGCACAGCCACCCACCUGACCUGGGUGGCCUGGAGAUCCUGCGGCAGCGGGAAAAUUGCCCGGGCCCAGCCCAGCGCGGGAGCUCAGGUGGCCCCGAGUUCCUGAAGACCCCCCUGGGGGGCAGCUUCUUGGUGCAUGACUCAUUCCUAUACAGGCGGGAGAAGGCAGCGGGGGACAAGGUGUACUGGACAUGCCGGGACCAGGCCCGCAUGGGCUGCCGCAGCCGGGCCAUCACCCAAGGGCCACGGGUGAUGGUGAUGCGGGGGCACAGCCACCCGCCUGACCUGGGCGGCCUGGAGGCCCUGCGGCAGCGAGAGCAGUUCCCCAGCCUCGCCCAGCAGGAAGGCCCAGGAGCCCUCCGGCCUCUGGAGUUCCUGAGGACCUCCCUGGGGGGCCGCUUCCUGGUGCACGAGUCCUUCCUCUACAGGAAGGAGAAGGCGGCUGGGGACAAGUUUUAUUCUCAGAAAAGAUAAAACUCCUACCAAAAGUGCCACUGUGCUUCAAGACCUGUUCUCCAGAAAGCCAGAAAAUUUAUGGGUAACUGUAUUAGUUAUCUAACGUUGCAUCACAAGUUAUCCCAAAACUUAGUGGCUUAACACAACAAAUAUUUACUGACUCCCACAGUUUCUGUGGGUCAAGAAUUUGGGAUUGGAUGGGCUGUGUGGUUCUGACUCAGGAUCUUUUGUGAGGUUGAAGAAAAGAUGUCAGCUGGGGCUGCAGUCAUCUGAAGGCUUGACUGGGGCUGGGGAAUCCACUCUAAAAUGGCUCACUUACUCACAUGACUAUUGGUUGGAGGCCUCAGUUGCUUACCAUAUGGUCCUCUCCUUAGAUCUACUUGAGUGUCCUAAGACAUGGCAGCUAGCUUCCCCCGGAGUGAGUGGUCCAAGAGAACACAGCAGGAAGGAAGCUGUCAACACAUUCUUCUCAAACACACAUGGAACAUUCUUCAGGAUUGACUGUGUGCUAGGCCAUAAAACCAGCCUCCAUAAAUAUAAAAGAACUAAAAUCAUACAAAGUAUGUUCUCUGACCACAGUGGAAUAAAAUUAGGAACUGAUAACAAAAAGAUAUUUGGGGAACUCACAAAUACGUAGGAAUUAAGUGCCAUACUCCUACAUAACCAAUGAGUCAAAGAAAAAAUCACAAAGGAAAUUAAAGAAUACUUUGAAAUGAAUAAAAUUAAGGCAUAAAAUACCACAACUUACGGGAUGCAGGUAAAGUACUGUUUUGAGGGAAAUUGAUAGCCAUAAACAUCUGUAUUAAAAGAGAAAAUCUCAAGUCAACAACAGUGUGUGUGCGCAUGUAUAAAGAAGCUCUAGUUGAUGGUGAUGUCUAGGGAAGAGCGUUACAGGGAUCCUUAACUGUCUGUAUUGCCUAUUUCUUUCAUGCUUGAAUUUUUACAGUGCACACGUUUCUUUGUAAUCAGGAAAAUCACAAAUGUGAAAUUGGACAAUGAGUCGCAGUGAUGCAGAACCUCCUUCCCCACCAGAGCAGAGGCGCUGUGCGGAUUCCAGGCAUCAAGGAUGUUUCAUGUCCACACGGGAACCGGCAUCUUCCAUCCAGUUACAUUUUGCUUGACAAACACUUCUUCCCACUCUCCUAAGGGUGUCGAUAGCCUUCACAUUCCCUUCUGAGGUCGCCCAGCAGGAGCACUUCCCUGGUGGCCUGCAGAGACCUGUGACACAGGCAAGGGUCGUGGCUGCUACACCAGCCUCACUGUCAAAAGGUUUGACUGAGACAGUGCCUCCCUGGUCUCCUGACACCCAGGCCUGACAGCACUUGUCUUCAGAGUGCAGGACUCUGCCAGCCAGGCCUUUCCCACUGAGCCCCGCUCUGGCCACCUAAAAUGAGACAGUUGCUGUGGGCACAUGUGCUGAAGUCCCUGCCUAUCACUCUGAGAUGCCCUGUGUGGACAGGUGUCUCCAGGACAGUGCCAGGUGGGCCACUGUGGCCUUUGGCUGCCCACUGCCAGGUACAUCUGCAGCCCCUCCCGCCUCACAGUGAGCCAAACCAGAGGUUCCUCACGUCCCGUCACUCUUUCCUUGCCUGUUCCCCACCUUAAGUCAAAUGUCCAUCCUCCCACAGCAGGCGCAUCUUGCAUAGCUCCUGGAAGUGCCAGCCCAGCCCAGGGUCCACAGGAAACCACGUGGGGUGGACACCCCUGACUGCAACCAUCGGCUCCCCAGUUGGUUGCCUGUGUUCAUCUGAAGCAUGAGGAGAGGCAGAUCUAGAAGGCACCAGAAAUGUGUCCCUUUCUCUCCCGUAGGUAGCUUUGCAGACGGAUAGGCUGGUGUUUGCCGAGAGCUCUGGGGGCUCCUCCUUGCUAUCAAGUCUACGUCCUUCACCUCGAGUUUCCUUGCUCUUCGCCUAUCCUAUGAUUGUGGGAGCACACGGCUGCAGGGUUCCUCUCUCUGGAGACUCCAGCCUACAGCCUGUGUCCAGGUGUGGGCUCCACUGCUCGCAACCAGUCCUCUGUCACACUGCUUACACCAUCCCCCCAAUAAACCCUGUUUUAUUAAAUCUCA